AUUGCUGAUGUGUCGCACUUUUAUUUAAGUGCAGCUUUAAAAUGAGUGGUUUUCACAUGUAAUCGAGUAUUUCUACUCCACUAGAUGUGAGUACUUCUUCAGCUCUGGUGAGUAUUUCUCCAUCACAUGGUGUCUGUGAACAUGUUUGAACUGUGUUCGGUUCAUUUGUUGGUGUGUUUCACUGGUUUCUGGACUCUUCUGGUCUCUGCUCGGUUCUCGGCUCAACACUUGGUUCCUGCUGCUUCGCCUCCCAGCGGCAGGUUCUGACCAAAACGUCUCAGGAACGAGCCUCAGUCCAGAGCUUCGACACCGAGCAGCCCGAGACCCAGAGACGGAGGUCAGCGUUCACUAAAAGUGUCUGACAUGUUAUAAAACUGUGAGUUACGAGCCGAGAGCUGCGCCGCGGCGGCUGGUGGCACAACAUGGACCGCGUCUGUCAUGUGGUUUGUGGGAAAACCCGUAUUGGAUCUCUGUGGUCACCUGGGCAAAGAACCUGAAAAAAGUGUCGCUGAGGAGCUCACCGUCGGCGGAUGGUUGGCUCAGAGGAAAUCCACACUAGACUGUGAAUCUCUGGGAAAACGCACAACACCGCACAAACACACAAAACAGCAAAUAAUCGGCGCGUAAAUGCGAUAAACGGAGGAAUGAAGCGAGAAAAGACGCGAUAAUCCGGUUUUUAGGCACCAAACUGUGCAGACUGUGAGUCACGUGGAAAGAGCCUGGUGAGAAAUGAAAUCUCCCAAAAACAGAGACGCUUUCAGAGCUGAAAAUGCGUUUUUUCCUCCGCGCUAAAACGCUCAAACUAGUCCACUCCAUGUCUUAUUGAGCGCAUGUCGCAGCCGCAGCUUUGCGCGGACAAACUGCAGCUGUGCGCCGCAGAGCAACAAAUCCAGGACAGCGAGGACAAAAAGAAAAGCCCGGCGAUCCGUUUCACAGGAGACCACCUUCGACCUGAGCGUCCAGCCGCCGAACCGACCCUCGGUGACGGUGUUGAAUCCGGACUCGGAGCCGCGCCGCCGCCGCCGUGACGCUGCGUAAAAACCCGAAGCCGUUCUCGUUGUUUUCUCCGCUCCUCCGCAGCGGCCUCCAUUUUAGCUCCUCGCCCGGUCGCUGCCUCACGUGUCCUGGACUGUCUUCCUCACAUGACCCGUGUGUUUGUCCCCGUGAUCAGCGCUUCCAUCUCCGUAAAUCAGUGUCGUUGAAAGUCGCCGUUUCUCGUCCACCCGCGGCGGCUCCAUGGAGAUGCUGGAGCAGAGUCUGGACAGCUCGGCGAGUCACGACAAACAGGAAACAGAGGAGGUGGUGCAGCUACAGGAAGGGGAGGCGGUGGGGACGGACGAGCCGACCGCCGUCACCAUCACCGGCGUUCCUCAGGCUGCGUUCGCCGAACACAAUGUCCAGUAUCAGUUCAGAACAGAGAACAGCGGCGGACAGGUGACCUACCGGGUGGUCCAGGUGACGGACGACCAGCUGGAAGCGGCGGCUGACGGAACCGGCGCCGUCAGCGUCGUCUCCACCGCUGCCUUCGCCGGAGCUCCUCAGGCCGUCGCUCAGGCCGUCAUCCAGAACCCCUUCAGUAACGGAGGGAGUCCCGGCGGGGAGACGGUUGGAGGAGAAACCCGAUUCGCUUACUUUCCCGCCGCCACCGUCAGCGAUGGAACGGCAACGGCGGUGUCGGUUCAGGCGACGGCCGACCCGACAAUCACGCAGGCAGGAGGUCAGUUCUACGUGAUGAUGAGCCCCCCCGAGGUGCUGCAGACCACCACCCCUCGGACCAUCGCCCCACGAACACACACCUACACCGCAGACCUCGGUGAAAGCGAGAUGUUGCAGCAGGGCAGCUCCAACUGGAAGGUGGAGGGUCCACGAGCGCCUCGAGACGAGAGGCGGCGAGCGCAACACAACGAAGUGGAAAGAAGAAGAAGAGACAAGAUCAACAACUGGAUCGUCACGCUUUCCAAAAUCAUCCCCGACUGCAGCGUGGACAGUCGAACCGGAGCGAGUAAAGGAGGCAUCCUGUCCAAAGCCUGUGAUUACAUCCGCGAGCUUCGCCAGAGUAACCAGCGACUGCAGGAAAGUUACAAAGAGGUGGAGCGAGUGGAGAUGGACAACGAGCUGCUUAGACAACAGAUCGAGGAACUAAAGAACGAUAACGCGCUGCUUCGAGCGCAGCUGCAGCAGCACGGCGUAGAAGUGAACGGAGACGCGACGCCGCAGUGACGGCGGCCUGAAGGCAAACCCGACGUCGCCUCCUCCCUCCACCUGAACACCAACGCAGGAACAAACAACCAGAGACAAUUUGCAUCUGAAGUCGGACCACGAUGACACGAAGCUGAGGACUGCAGGCCGACGUCUCCUCUGAACACUCUGACACCUGUGCAGCCGGCCGAACCGCUCACCUCUGUUUUUACUUUAAAUUAUAAACCUGCCACAGAUGAUUUAAUAGUGUCACUGUUUUAUCGUCACUCCUUCCUUCUUUUCUUUUCUGUUGACAUUUGCUGUGUGUUGAAACUACUAAAUGUGACAUUGAAGACGAUAGUUCCCUUUUUUUUUUUUUUUUGUUCGUUUGUUUUAAUUUAUUAGUCUUUAGGGAACGUGUGCACAGACGCAAAGAAAAGCUGCAUUUCACCGUUUCCCUGGCGACGAACAAAUAAUCUCAAGACGCUUUUCACUGUCAGUUUCCACUUCCUGCCUCUUCACGCCGACACUCCGAGCACCAGGAAGUUCUGUAACAGCAGCUCGACGGAGGGCUUUCGCUUUGGAGGCUUUCAUAGGAGCCCGUUGGAGAGUCUCGGUGUUAACAUAGCUCAGGUAAAUGGGAAGGUGCCCUGGCCAAGCUGUUCCCACGCUCAUCAAGUUCCUCUAUAGAGAGUCUAGGUUGCAUUCGUGUCCCCUGUAGGUGCACUGUACAGAUUUAAAAAAAAAGAAAUAAAACUGAGAUGAUUUUCCACUCGUGAAUCAUUUCUGCCGGGCAUUAAAACCUCAGUUGGUUUGUGUAUCUGAGGUCUCGGCCAGGUGACUUCUGGUCCUGCUGCGUUUUAACCGACAUGCGAGGUGGCUUUGUUUUUUUUCUUUUAGUUUUUUUGCUGCUGACUCUGACCGUCGACCCGCCGCGUGGUCACAAUGUGAUGAUAGUUAGAACUAACCAGCUUUUGUCUACACUGAAAGUCACCACAGCAUGGAAAUAUAACCACUGGCAUGACUAAUUCUGAUACUACAAUAAAACUGAAGUGUUUAUACCUCA